CGACGACAUCAAGACGGAACAUCCUUGUGCCAACCAACCGCCAUGUGUCGGUCUUCCCAUCCUAGUCACCGGCAAGCUCCAGCUCUCCCGCGUCAAAGCCGGGCCGGUUCGGCCACCUUUGAGCCGCACCAACUGACAGGAAAUAUCUUUCGACUUGUCGAGCACGAUUCCUUUGACGAACAUCCGUUCAUAUACAUCAAGCUCUACCCGGACGUGAUUGUCAUCAUUGACACUGGCUGCAAUGCCCCUCAUGAGGCCGAUUCGCAGCAGGUAUCGUCACUGCGGCAAUUCCUGGAAAAUGUCCCGGUUCCGGAGAACAAUGGCGAGCCACUCAACCCUGGUGGUCAAUUGCCGUACCUAAUCCUGCUUUCACACUGUCACUACGAUCAUAUCGGUCGCCUGGUCAACUUUGGCGACGCAGCGACGACGGUUACGGCCGUAAGCAGCGCCCUCCAGUCAGACAUCAUCGCCCCGGGUCACCUCCACCAGUACUCGCUACAUGCGGAGCUGAAUUUGCCUCCACCGAUGUUCCCCACGCCGUUACGCUUGCUAAUGGACGGUGAGCGUAUUCAAUGGGUCCAUCCUACCAAUGGUUGCGCGGUCGAUCUGGGUCUUCAGGUCGUGACGGUGCCUGGUCAUUCUCUCGACAGUAUUGUUAUCCUCGACCACAUGGAGCGAGUCGUUUUCUUGGGCGACUCAGCCUAUGAGUCUGGAUACCUUUUCUACGCACACGGUAGUGAUGUGGCCCGGCACUGCAACUCGCUGAAGAAGGUUGAGCGGAUUCUCACCGGUGACCACUCGGUUCCCGAUGGCGAAAGACCGUGGAUCGCAGCCAGUGGUCACAAAACUGCUGGCAUAGAUGCUAUCCCCCUGCUGCAGCGGACACAAAGGUUUAUCCAGGAUGUACUCCGGGGGGCGAUCACCCCGACGGAGAUUGGUAAUGAUCACAUCCGCCAUGGAGAUAUCGCACUGUUGGAGGCCGGUGAGUUAUCGAUGGUGAUGCCCGUGGAGCAAUUGGCUCGAUCUGUCGAAGAAUACAAGAUCACCCUCGGCACAUAAGAGGUUAAGCAACUCAUAUGCGGUAUACGCACCGAAGUUCCAGUUAUUGAUGUUGAUACAAGUUCGCACCGCACAUAUUGACACGCAAUUUGCGGCCACCAACCGGUCCCAGCCCUUGUCUUGCGGAUUAGCGAAGGAUAACACUUGCGUCCACUAGGCGGUGUUGGGAAUGACCUAAGUUUAGCUGUAUGCAUUCCUGUCUUAUCCAUGCUGGGACUGGAAACUGUAUAGGUGAAGUAUAUCUAUUUUUACAAGCUGAUUAGUGAUUGUUAUUAAAUUCCUUUGAUGCCCUGGCAGAACAACAGAACUUAUACGGUAGCCCUAUCGAAUGGCUAUUUCAGUUAUCAGACACAUUAACCCUAUUAAUAAUUAAAAACAAUAUACCAAUAACAAGUUACUUUGGAG